AUGGAGAUCGCCCUGGUGCCCCUGGAGAACGGCGGUGCCAUGACCGUCAGAGGAGGCCAUGAGGCCCGGGCAGGCUGCGGCCAGGCCACAGGGGGAGAGCUCCAGUGUCCCCCGACGGCUGGGCUCAGCGAUGGGCCCGAGAAGCCGGCGCCAAAGGGGCGCGGCGCGCAGAGAGACGCGGACCCAGGAGUGCGGCCCUUGCCUCCGCUGCCCAGGGAGCUGCCACAGCCUCGACGGCCGCCUCCCGAGGACGAGGAGGAAGAAGGCGACCCCGGCCUUGGCACGGUGGAGGACCAGGCUCUGGGCACGGCGUCCCUGCACCACCAGCGCGUCCACAUCAACAUCUCCGGGCUGCGCUUCGAGACGCAGCUGGGCACCCUGGCGCAGUUCCCCAACACCCUCCUGGGCGACCCCGCCAAGCGCCUGCGCUACUUCGACCCCCUGAGGAACGAGUACUUCUUCGACCGCAACCGGCCCAGCUUCGACGGUAUCCUCUACUACUAUCAGUCCGGGGGCCGCCUGCGGAGGCCGGUCAACGUCUCCCUGGACGUGUUCGCGGACGAGAUCCGCUUCUACCAGCUGGGGGACGAGGCCAUGGAGCGCUUCCGCGAGGAUGAGGGCUUCAUUAAAGAAGAGGAGAAGCCCCUGCCCCGCAACGAAUUCCAGCGCCAGGUAUGGCUGAUCUUCGAGUAUCCGGAGAGCUCUGGGUCCGCGCGGGCCAUCGCCAUCGUCUCGGUCUUGGUCAUCCUCAUCUCCAUCAUCACCUUCUGCUUGGAGACCCUGCCUGAGUUCAGGGAUGAACGCGAGCUGCUCCGCCACCCCCCAGCGCCCCACCAGCCUCCUGCGCCCGCCCCUGGGGCCAACGGCAGCGGGGUCCUGGCCCCGCCCUCUGGCCCUACGGUGGCACCGCUCCUGCCCAGGACCCUGGCCGACCCCUUCUUCAUCGUGGAGACCACGUGCGUCAUCUGGUUCACCUUCGAGCUGCUCGUGCGCUUCUUCGCCUGCCCCAGCAAGGCAGGAUUCUCCCGGAACAUCAUGAACAUCAUCGAUGUGGUGGCCAUCUUCCCUUACUUCAUCACCCUGGGCACCGAGCUGGCAGAGCAGCAGCCAGGGGGCGGAGGAGGCAGCCAGAAUGGGCAGCAGGCCAUGUCCCUGGCCAUCCUCAGAGUCAUCCGCCUGGUCCGGGUGUUCCGCAUCUUCAAGCUCUCCCGCCACUCCAAGGGGCUGCAGAUCCUGGGCAAGACCUUGCAGGCCUCUAUGAGGGAGCUGGGGCUGCUCAUCUUCUUCCUCUUCAUCGGGGUCAUCCUCUUCUCCAGUGCCGUCUACUUCGCAGAGGCUGACAACCAGGGCACCCAUUUCUCUAGCAUCCCUGAUGCCUUCUGGUGGGCAGUGGUCACCAUGACCACUGUGGGCUACGGGGACAUGAGGCCCAUCACUGUGGGGGGUAAGAUCGUGGGCUCGCUGUGUGCCAUCGCCGGGGUCCUCACCAUUGCCCUGCCUGUGCCCGUCAUCGUCUCCAACUUCAACUACUUCUACCACCGGGAGACGGACCACGAGGAGCCGGCAGUCCUUAAGGAAGAGCAGGGCCCUCAGAGCCAGGGGCCGGGGCUGGACAGAGGAGUCCAGCGGAAGGUCCAGGAGUCCGGCGGGAGCAGGGGGUCCUUCUGCAAGGCUGGGGGGACCCUGGAGAAUGCAGACAGUGCCCGAAGGAGCAGCUGCCCCCUAGAGAAGUGUAACGUCAAGGCCAAGAGCAACGUGGACUUGAGGAGGUCCCUUUAUGCCCUCUGCCUGGACACCAGCCGGGAAACAGAUUUGUAA